AUGCAAGGCCUUAACAAGUUAAGCGCUGAACUUCAAGAGAGAAAUAAAUACAUCGCUUCCAUGAAUGACGUUCAAGAAAAUGAUAUAAAUAAACUGUUUCCUAAAUGCGUUUCGAAAUCGAAAAGUAAGAAAAGAUCGAAGGAUGUAGAUCCAAUUAUUAAUAAAUACAGGGAACUGAAAAAGUCUAUGAAAGUGACUAGCGAAGAGGAUCUUUACCUUAAUAAUUGUGCCAAUAUCUACACAGCUAAACCAGUAGUAACUGACACAAAGUUACCAGACAUAGAAACCAAAAAUCCAGAUGAUGAUAGUGCAAUUUCAUCAAGCAACGGGAACCCUGAAAUCACUAUAGACUCUGGCGCUUACGAUACGAGUCAGUCACUGGAAACUGGAUAUUCUUUAGAGUCGGAAAUUAGUGUAGAUUCUCUUUGCACGAGCACAGAUAAAAGAUCUUCAUUAAAAGUCGGUCAAUCGACAGAUUCGAGCGAUUUGGAUAAAAUGGAAAUAAGUCCUGAAUCAAUCACAUCGCGUUCGAGCACCAGUACAGCUCCAUUAAAAUCUGGAUUUCAAUCGAAUCCAGCGACACUUCAGCGGGUAGUGACUGGAGCAGGCGUGACAAAACUGGAAGCACAGCAUCGCUCGGCUGCGCAAGUCUAG